GGAGGUAAUUUAGCUGGGCAGAUGUUGGAUCAGUUAUGUUGCAAAGCUGAUCUGAAAGCCGGUCGCACAGUGAAUCUGCAAGUAAGCCGUCUGAGCAACCGCAGCAAAGGUGCAUAGCUGGCUAGCGAGCUAGUUGGUUAGGUGGAAGACCAGUUUGCAGAGGAAGAAGUGUUCAAUAAUACCAGUGAAAGGCAGGCAUCAUGGCUGACAGGAAGGCUGUGAUCAAGAACGCUGACAUGUCCGAGGACAUGCAGCAGGAUGCGGUGGACUGCGCCACCCAGGCCAUGGAGAAGUACAACAUCGAGAAGGACAUCGCUGCCUACAUCAAGAAGGAGUUUGACAAGAAGUACAACCCCACGUGGCACUGCAUCGUGGGCAGGAACUUUGGGAGCUACGUGACCCACGAGACGAAGCACUUCAUCUACUUCUACCUGGGGCAGGUGGCCAUCCUCCUCUUCAAGUCUGGCUGAGCCGAGUCCAAGCAGAGAACCGCGCAAGAACCUGGACUGUAACGCACUGAUUGCGAACGCCACAACUCCCCUCUCACUUCAGAAAUCAAAGGGAAAAUAAAACACAAACCGAUACAAACUGGCUGUGUGCCUGCAUGGACUCUGCACAAUGUUAUAUGUGUGUAUGUUGCAGUUAAAAAAAAAAUAGUUGCCUGGAAACAGAAAAGCUGUCGGAAAGAUUUUUGUUUGUGCUUCUUAUGUUAUUGCACUGAAGUUAUAAAUGUUUAGACAGUGGCCUUUAAUUGAUUAAUAAAGAGUAGCUCUACACUAAGUUGAAAGGAAUGUGGUGAUGCAUCAGCUACCCAUGUAGAAAGUAACCCGCUGAACCUGGGGCAGGAUGCGGUUCAGUGCAUACAUUUAAUGACUCUAGUGCUGCCACCUUUAAAACGUAACUGUGCUGUGGUGUCUUGUUAAACCUUCUGCCAUCUUGAAUUCCUCAUGUCUGUUCCUUUUUCAAAAUGGGUGGGAUUUUUACAUUCAUGGGUGGGAAAACUCAACCAAACUUAUUCAGUGUUAAUGAAUGUUAAAGCUUGCUUUAUUUUUGACCCUUUUUUGUCUUUUGAUGUUCACAGGGUUUUGAGAUGAACGUUUUAUUUGUAGAUGCUUAAGUUUCUCUCAGAGCAUUUCUGGUCCUUGUUUUGAGCCCUGUUUUGAACAGUAGAGUGAGGUGUCAGAAGCACAGCGUACUUGAGAAAGUCAGUUUGUGAAUCUGAAUUUGCCAAAUGUUGGGUUGAGAUUUAAAAGAAUAUGAAGGCCCACUGACAUGUAAAAUAUUAUUGCUGCCAAGUUACAUGUAGUAAAAUUGUUUUGAACAUUCAUAGGGUUAGGCAGAGGCCAUGUUCUAGGACCUAGUGGACAUAUUGGAGGCUAAGUUUCAUUGAAUUCUAAUCUGUAUGAAAUAAAACUCUAGGCAUUGCCGUAUCGGGGGUUAAAGGUUCACACUUUUGCCAAUAUUUGCUCCGUUGUUUCCUGCAGUCCCUUGGAGUUUAUUUUGUGGGUUUGAUUUUUUGCACAUUGUUCCAUUUGUCUCUCGCUUCCAAUGGUGUCUUUGGAGUGAAAACCUGUAUUGCAUAUGGAUGAACUGAGGCUGUGGUAUUAGACUGGUACUUAAUUCAGAUGUACCUAGUUUUUCAGCUUAGUUCCAUUUCAGAAGUCCAUGUAAAAAAAAAAAAAAAAAAACA